GCUAGCUAUUCGGCCUUUGAGUUCCCAUUUUAUUGGGCCAAACCUGAGCCAAAUUUACUGGUUUUGCACCCAGAAAUCGACAGACAAUUCCUUGAUUUUCUUUCUUCCCGAGUACAGCGUGUAGACCCAACCCAUUUAUUGGAUUAUUAAUAUCUGAAAACCAGAUGCAAUAUAACAAAACAGAACUCUUCAAUCUUCAUCUGUUUAGUAUUACAAGUUUUGACCUUUUGAUUUGAUGAUCUUCAGUUUCCUUCCUUGUUAAGAAUUUGUCCCAUUAAUCCUCACUUAUCCACACCAUUCCAGCAUUGCAAUUGUCGACGAAAAACCAUGGAACAGCCUCUUCUCUCAGAGAGAAGAAGUGAAAGUGAAGAGAACGAGAGGUUGAGCUCGUAUCAGUACGUGGGGAGAACAGGGUCGGUGAUUCCAACAGCUUCCUUGGCGGGAACCGAAGUUAGCAUUGAAGAGAUUCGAUCAGCCACUUCUUUUUCUGGUCAUUACCCGCCUUCCAUUCACGCUCCUUUGAUCAGCUCCCCUGAGCCCCAUCCUAACGAGCAAGCUAUUCUUCAUCAAGGUCCUUACACAACAGAUUAUGGUGCAUACUCCAAUGAAUUUCAGAGGCAAUUAUUGGAUGAGGUAGAGAUACGAGAGUUGCUCAUCGAUCAUAUUGGUCAUCGAUGCUGUUGGGGGAGUCAUCCUGCUCGGACAUGGAAGAUUCAUGCUGUUGAGGAUUGCAAUGUUUAUGUGGGAACGCUAGAAACUUUCUUAGAAGAAAGGGAAGUGGUCAGAGAAACAGAACCUUACCUUGGUGGCAACAUUGAUGGAAAGGAUAACAGUCCUGAACUUGGAAUUUGGGAAUUGGACCUAAGAUCACAAUUCCCUGUUCUCUUUGUACCUUAUAAAGAAACACGAGUCAAGAUUCCUCAUAGUGACACCAUUGAGAAAUGUUCAGGUUGUGCUGGACGAGGAGAUAUUGCAUGCCCUACAUGCAAUGCAGACCUAGAACCUGGAUUUUAUAAGAAAAAUCAGAUGUCCCAGUGCCCUGCUUGCUACGGAAGGGGAUUAAUUGCUCGCAGAGAUGGAUCAGACACCAUAUGCACAAAAUGUGAUGGGAAGGGAAAGAUUCCUUGUGCAACUUGCGGAUCUUGUGGCUUGCUGAAGUGUGGGACAUGUCAUGGAAGUGGUUCUCUGUUGACAUACAAAAUUGCCAUUAUUAAAUGGAAGACACUCUCAACUCGAAAAGUAAGUGCAACAAGUGGAGCAGCAUCGGUUCCGGACAAGGUUUUUCAUAGGGCCAAAGGGGUUCAGUUGUGCAACACCCAAGCAUAUCAGUGCACUCCAGCCUUUUUUGCCGACUCUUUCUUCCUCAACAAGUUCUCUUCUGACGUUAUUGCAGACAGGGCUUCUGUGCCUCCUACUGCCAGGGUCAUAUGUGAGAGACAUACAAUCUCAGUUGUUCCGGUGACACAUAUCACGAUGUCUCAUCACCGUCAAUCUUUCAGUUUCUACAUUGUUGGAUUCAGCCGGGAAGUGUACUUGAAGGACUACUAUCCUGCUAGGUUUUGCUGGGGCUUGUGUCCUUGCCUGGAAUGGUUGAAGUCGUAACUAGAAAGAUUCUCAAGUUAAAAGAGAUUGCUUCUCAAUUAUUUAUGCUACUCGUAUUGUGAGUUUUUCGUGUGUGGCUAAUAAUAAAUUGGUUGAUUUCUUGUAUUCAAGAGAUUAUAGAGAGUAGUUUCCAUGUGACAAAUCAAAAAUUUUCUCCUCCGAGUCCGCAAAAUUCCAAUUUCCCUUCACCUUUGUACCUUGGCCAGGGUAAAUCAGUGGCGAGAAAAAGCCCAAGCUCCAUCAGGCCAUCACCAGCAGACACACAAACAGAAUGUCAUGGCACGUUAAGGUUUGUUUGGUGGUACGACGAUGGGAACGAAAUGAAAUGAAAUGUGAUCAUCAGUUCAUGGCUCUAUUCUGUUAUGUACUUGUCAUCAAAAUCAGAUUCCUUUUGGUACAGAAGAAGAAAGAAACAACUUUUCCAAGUCCACCACCUCGACUUGCUGUAGAAGGCUGGAAAACUUUGACAGACAUGUCAGAGCGGAGUCCCAUUGUCUCUUGUUUCAGUUUUCUAUAUCUGAUUUUCUGGCAAUUUACAAACUUUUUCUCCUAGUUGAAACGCGUGUGGACCCUUAAACUUCAGAUUCUCGUAUCACUGGAUUUUGCGUCCGUUCCAAUAUUGGCCUAUCCAAAUCUUUGCGACAACCAUGAUAUAUCUAUCCAGAAGUUGCAUGGGACUUCCGAAA